AUGCCGAUGGCAAUUGAAAAUGAAUUUUCUCGUUUCAAGAUUUGGGCUGGCAAUCUGGGCGCUUUGCAGAGAGGUCGAAGUUCUCUUGACGCUAGAUUACGAGACUCGAUAGUGCUACGAGCAGCAGUCCUCAAGUUUCUGGGACAGUUGCAAGACUCCUUGAGUAAAAGUGCCGAGAUCACCACAGGUCUUCGCCUACCCUACGAACAGGGUAGCGAUGUCCCACCUACCCCUGACGAAGAAAUCGAGGACAGUGAUUCCAGUGAUUCCAGUGCCGCCGGUAGCGACUUGAUUACCGGAGAACUUGCCGAAAGAUUAGACGAAAUCAAAGAUAUCAUGGAGCACCUGUACAGGCUUUCCUUUAAGAUACGCAACACAAGAUAUCGAUCACUCACCAAGAAAGCCCUUCUCAUGAAAGAGGAAAAUCCGCAGACUGGGAAAGACUUGUUCUCGGCGUAUGCCAUCUUCGAUCGUCGACAUGUACAGGAGUUGCUCGAUCACCUACGUCUGCGUCCAUCAUCACAGGAAUUCACUGCUGAACAUGUACGAGACCCAAAUCACGAUUUUGUCGAUAUCUUAGAUGCCAGGGAUCAUCUGCUAGAUGGAGGCGAUUUUCUGCGAGAUCGCUUAGCAAAAGCAAUCACCAACCGGAGAAGGUAUUUUGCAUAUUGGCAGAGACAUGCUCUCAAGCUCUCACACAUUACGGAUGAGCCAACUCACCAGCAGAGUCCCGCAACUCUCGUGAGGCCUGCGGAGCCUGUCUCCCAGCCUCCAAUCACGCUCCGUGUCUCAGGCAACUUCAUGCCGACUCCAAAAACCAAGUCAAUGGUGUCAGGAACCGAUUUCUCCAUGUAUAACCGUGAAAUGGACGACCAGUUAGAAACAGAGACGGUGAUUUCUUACGCGACUACGGCCUACGACAUUGAUGGAAAGUCCCCCGAACUACCUCCACCUCCUUCCGAUGCAGCCAAGCAUAUCCGCCAAGAUCUCCAGCCGUACGUAUGUACCUACGAGAAAUGUCCAGAUGCCGACCGCAUGUACUCCAGUCGGCACACAUGGCUUGAACAUGAGCGACUGGUCCACCGCCGCGUAUGGAGAUGCUUUGAACACAGGUUCUUCAUCUCGAUAUCGAAAGACGGCUUGCUGCAACAUUUUUCAGAUUGCCACAAAGGUCUGGAUAGGCAGCAGAUCGAAAAUCUCCUAGAUUUAGCGGAGACGACGGUAGCCGAUGACAGAAAAAUGUGCCCAUUCUGCUACUCGGUUGGACCUUUCAAUAAAGGAUUUUACAAUCACGUUGCUUUCCAUCAGGAACAAGUCGCAACGUUUGCAGUCCCGCGAAACUUUGACGGCAAUGAAGAGUCAGACUCUGCGAGAGCCGAAGGCAUCAGAUCAGCUGGCUCUUUGCCUUCCGUUGCUCUAGAUUUCUCGGAUGAUAGCAGCCUUCACAGCGACAAAAUUGAGGAAUCGAGAAACAAAGUCGACGAUCACCUAAUAAGCGCUGCAGAAAUGGGGGAUGAGGCAGAGGUGAGAAUGGUGCUCGCGAAGGGCGCCGACGUCAACGCCCAGGGUGGGGAAUAUGGCACCGCACUCCAGGCGGCAUCACACUGUGAGGUGAUGCAAAUACUGCUCGCGAAGGGCGCCGACGUCAACGCCCAGGAUGGGGAAUAUGGCACCGCACUCCAGGCGGCAUCAUUCAGGGGCUAUACAGAGGUGAUGCAAAUGCUGCUCGACAGAGGCGCCGACGUCAACGCCCAGGGUAGGGAAUUUGGCACCGCACUCCAGGCGGCAUCACACUGUAGUCAAAUAGAGGUAAUGCAGAUACUACUCGACAGGGGCGCCAACGUCAACGCCCAGGCUGGGAGAUAUGCCACCGCACUCCAGGUGGCAUCAUUCAAGGGCCAUACAGAGGUGAUGCAAAUGCUGCUCGACAGAGGCGCCGACGUCAACGCCCAGGGUGGGGAAUUUGGCACCGCACUCCAGGCGGCAUCAUACAGCGGAAGUAAACGGGCGGUGCAGAUGCUGCUCGACAGAGGCGCCGACGUCAACGCCCAGGGUGGGAGGCAUGGCACCGCACUCCAGGUGGCAUCAUUCAAGGGCUAUACAGAGGUGAUGCAAAUGCUGCUCGACAGAGGCGCCGACGUCAACGCCUAG